AUGGCUCACAGCCAGCUGCCCAACGACUCCUGGCAGAACGGCUCAGCCCCUCUCUUCACCGGCCUGGACCUCCUCCUGGAGCUGAAGCCCCUCUUCAUCCCGCUCUAUGCCACGCUGGUGGCAGUGGCGUGCACGGGGAACCUCUUCCUCAUCCUCCUCAUCGCUCUCACCAAGAAACUGCACUGCACCACCAAUUUCCUGAUCGGGAACCUGGCGGUGGCCGACUUCAUCAUGUGCCUCGCCUGCGUCCCCCUCACCGUCUCCUACGCCUUCGAGGUGCGGGGCUGGCUCUUCGGGAUGUUCAUGUGCUACUUUGUCACCUUGAUGCAGGCCGCCACCGUCGUCGUCUCGGUGCUGUCCCUCACCGCCAUCGCCAUUGACCGGUACGUUGUGGUGGCGUACCCUAUUCGCAGGAGGAUAAGCCGCAGGUCCUGCAUCUGCCUCGUGGCCUGCAUUUGGUUACUCUCCAUCGUGGCCUCUGUUCCCACGUCGCUGCACACCCACUACUUGGAUCUCAACACCAUUGGCCACGACAUGAUCAUCUGUGAAGAGUUUUGGAAGCACGAAGAGAGAGCGCGACUGUUGUACUCGUGCUUGAUGCUCCUCUUGUCCUACCUGCUCCCGCUUUUGGCGAUAUUGGUCUCCUUCUGCGCCAUCACCUACCACCUGCGGAGGAGGAACGUCCCGGGCGCUGCCUACCCCUGCCAAGAGAAAUGGACCAAAACGAAGCAGAAGACCUUCCGGGUGCUCACCAUCUCAGUGGUGUGCUUUGCCGUCUGCUGGCUGCCCCUCCAGGUGGUGAACUUCAUCAGAGACAUCGACGAGGAGUUCACCAUCCUGGACAAGAGGUACGUCAACGUCGUCCAGCUCUCCUGUCACCUGAUUGCCAUGAGCUCUGCCUGCUACAACCCUUUCAUCUACGCCUCCCUCCACGACAAGUUCUGGUUCCACCUCAGCAGCUUCUUCUACCGUAAGAAGAAGAGCUCCAGCAUCAUGUCCUGCAAGGCUUCUCGAUUCACUACCUGCUCCACCCUGGCCGAUGCUCCUGCUGGCGCCUUGGAUAAGAUAGCUUUGCAGACGAGAUUCUCUUGCUGAAGGACCCCAAAAGAUCAGUUUUGC